AUGUCGCAAAACAACGAUAGCAGAGACGAGGCAUAUGUCAGGGAGCAAUUCCAAAGAUAUACGACUAAGAUGGCUUCUAAUAAGAAUUCCAAUACUGAUUCGAAAUGUAGAAGUACUUCACAUCUGAAUUCGCUGGCUUCGAUUUCAAGUGACACUUCAAAUGAAACUUUAAAGGGAAAUUUAUCAGCAGCUUCGCCUACGUUUUCAUCAGAUUCUACUCUGAGUACUAAAAAACUGCCAGUUCUACAGACGCUUCCGACAUCUCUGCCAAAUGGACAGCAUCAACAGGGGCAGCUCUUUCCUGCUUCUUCUUCAAGCUCCUCAGCAAUAUCUUCAAGGAAACCAAGUGUGUCUGGUUCCUUUGGAACGCAGACUCCGACUACAGCUCAGUUGAAAACUAUAACAUCGCCCAAACUCAGCGGUGCACUUUCAACAAGGUCAAGGUCUAAUUCGCUCACAAGCUCCAAACUAUUUGCGCUGAACCAAUCCAAUGAUUCUCCGUCAUCGACCUCGGUUUAUCCCGUACCGCCUAAUGUCGCUUCGUUGAACUCUCAAACAGCUAGUUCAAUGUCAGUUUCCACAUCAGCGGACCAAUAUUUUCCAGCACAACAGAAUGGUUCCACUACAACAGUAAAUUUAACUCCAACGUUGUCUUCUCCAUCGAUUAGAUCACUGAAUAAUAGCACCACCAGUACCACGAAAUCGUUCAAACCUUUGCAAAAGCAAUACGUACUCAAUGAACAGCUUUAUCUAAGCUCGAUGAAAAAUAAAAAAGCAGAUGAUUAUUACACGCGAGGAAUAACGUCUUCUGGAAAUGAAGAUGAUGAUGAUUUUAGAGUGGAUGGAGAAAACGAUGAUGUUGAUAAUGACCUAAGCAAAUUGAAUAAUGGACUGGGCUCUGCAAUUUUCGGAAAUAAUAUCGCAACGACAACAGAUAAAGGCUUUCAUUCCAUCGAUGAUGAUGAACUUGUAUUAAUGAAUGAUAAAAUCUUACUUGAAAGGAUGGAAUGGUUACGCUCAGUGGAACCGAAUAACCCUCUAAUAGAAAAUUCAUUGAACCUGUUGAAUAAAACUGGUGGCUCUACGGACAGUCUUGAGAGCUUUUCAAAUAUUGAAACGCAGCUUGCUUUGGAACAACUCUCGAAUAAUCAUUUAGUCAGAGAAAGGCUAGAGUGGCAGACUAUGCUCUCGAGCGUUUUGAAUGGUGAUAUUGUUAAGAGUGAGAAGACAAAACUUGCGAAACGCAAGCCUGAUGAAAUUUUACUGAAUCAUAAUGAUCUAAUAUGGUUAGAACUUAAGGCUUGGUUAAAUGGUAGAACCGUCGAAGAUCAACGUAAAUCAUUGGAAUAUUCUAAAACUACUGCUGAUGAGGUAUUCGAAGAAAUCUUGAACUAUAAAAAUGAAAAAGAAGAAAACCCUGAAGUUGUCAUAGAAGAAGCCAAAAUACUAUUGAAUAAAUAUUACAAAGUGGUUGGAUAUUGGAAAAAUCUCCCCAAUAUGAAUCUCGAGAAACCUGUAACCAAAACCUCUAAUUUUGUAAGCAGAAUUGAAGCACUCAAUUCGUUGAUAAACUCGUACGAAGGAUUACAAUAUGAGAUAGAGGCAUUGAAACAAUGGACUCAAAAUGAUGAUUUGGAUGUAACUUUUACGAAAGAUUCGUUAGACACUGAAGGUAUCUUCAAAAAUGACAGAUCUUUCGCAGAACAAAUUAUGAAAGAGAAGGACAUCGAAGGUAUCUUUCAGAAAAAGAUCUUUUUCAAGCAUGCCCCUUGGAUGUUCAAGAGCAAAUUGGUGUUUUUGAAGCAACAAAAUUCUAUUCACGAAAUGCGCUUACCUUUACCGGUGGACAAAUUGCAUUCUCUUUUAACGUUUCCACUUCGUUUGAUCCAAGAAAUAAUAUCAAUCAGAUUAGAAUACGCUAGAAAACUCAAAAAGCCUACCAUGAUGAUGAUUGACCAAAUGAUUGAUGACUUCAGUACAUAUAUCAAGCUUUCUGUUCAAAUCAAGCAUACCCUUAUGGAAUACAGAUCUGGAUGGAGCCUUAAGGUUGAGAUAAGUGAUGCUUUCGAUGCUAAAGUUGUUGAAGCUAUAGAGUUCUUGUUCAAACUUCUUCACUUAAAAUUGAUUGACAGCUCAAAGAAUUCCUUUAAAACAUUUAAAGAACCAGACAUUUUAUUUGCCCAUUGGGAAAACUUGAAAAACUUCGGUUGUUAUAUAUCUGGAGCAAGUAAAGUAAUCGCACAGGGUUUUGUCAACAUUACUAUAAGAUUGUUGAACCGACUACAUCUUUACAUUAUGGAAGAGCAACGAAACUCAGUAGACUUAGUAACUUCUGAUGAUGCCAGAAAAUGGGUAGUUGAAGUUAUAGAAAAUGUCGGUGCUUUCAAGAGAAAGACCAAUAGAUUUUCGAACGUCUUAACGAAGGCGUUCCAAAACUCUGUUCUUUAUAACAUCAAGGAUCACAGCAUGCUGCUGGAGAGACUUAGGAAUAGUGGACACUUCUUGAUCUACACUGGAGGGAUCCUAGAACAAAAUGGGAUUUAUUUAAUUGCAAGUGAGGAGCUUCUAGGAUGCUCUGAUGAUGAAAUAAUGGACAUUAUCAAAUCUACUAAAAUAGGGUCCGAUUUGAUUCCAAAAGUUGAAAUUAAUAAUAGUUUAACUAUUUACAACCCUCCAGAGGAUCUUACAUUACCCGAAGCGAUGUUCGUACAGAAAGAAAGACGAAACGGGGUGUCCUAUUAUCAUUUAAAACAAGAUGACCUCACACAGAGAGUUGGCAUUAGAGGUAAAGGAGGAAGCUCGACAGCCCCUGAGGAAGAAGGAGAAGAACUCGUUCAACUCGAAAACAAAUUGAAAAUGCUUGGUUAUGUUUUGGUAUUCUGUCCAACAAAACCAAUGGUAUGGAAUGGAGAAAUGUACAAUCUUACCAGCGAAGAACCUUUGACUAUGGAAGAAUUUGGCCUCAGUGUAGAAGAAGACGUUAUUGUUAUGUUGAAUCAGGGAUCAACUUACGCGUUAGAUUAUCAAGUGGAUAGGUUUCAACAUUUUGCCGGUGAUGCGAUAUCCAUACGGGAAAAAAAAUGUGCUAUCAACAGCAUUGAGACGGCUCUUCAACGUAUCAAUAAAUCCUACUUCAGGAUGACGUAUAUUGUAUUGAAAAACUUCGGCAGCGUACAGAAGAAUGUCACUUUACAGACUAACGAGAGUGUCUUUUUCAACAUAGCAUACUUGUUCGUGAAAGAUUUUGCAAAAAACUUCCUUCUAUUAAAUGUCGCUACACCGGAAACUAAGGCAAUUAUUAUUCGCCUUAUGAUUCAGAUCAGCAUAGACUGGUUAACUUUUGUUCUUGAUGAAUGUGAUCCGGCCAAUCCAGAAACAUUUAGAUGGUGUGUCCCAGCAAUGGAAUUUGCUAUGCGUAUGACCAACGGAUGGAAUAUUUUGGGGAUUGAGGAGAAGGAAUUCAAGUUGUUGAAAGAGAAGAUUGCUAGAUGUAUGUCAUUGUUAAUAUCUCACUUCGACAUCACAGGGGCAAGAUCCAGAGAAGCUGAAAGGAUUGAUGCUCAACAAACAAGACCAAACUUUGAUAUCGAUGAUGCUGACGAUGAUAUGAUUUUGGCUGUUAAUUCAGAGAUGCGUAUGAAUGCAAUAACAGAUAUGGAAAAGGUUGUCAAAGUCAAAAGGCAUUAUUCUGUUGGUAAAGUUAUUGAUGAUACCGAUAAUCAAAGCAAAUUGUUGAAAUCUCUUGCUUCUUCAAUAUCUAACCUUUCUAUUAGAUGGCAAAAGCGUAGCUUUAUCGGAAGUGGUAGCUUUGGUACUGUAUAUUCCGCUGUUAACCUAGAUACUGGUGAUAUUUUAGCGGUAAAAGAGAUCAAAAUCCAAGAUGCUAAAUCCAUGAAGCAAAUUUUCCCAUCUCUCAAAGAAGAAAUGCGCGUCAUGGAGAUCUUAAAUCACCCGAAUAUUGUUCAGUACUAUGGUGUGGAAGUUCACAGAGACAAGGUUAAUAUCUUUAUGGAAUUCUGCGAGGGUUCCUCCUUAGCCAGUUUACUCGAACAUGGCCGGAUUGAAGAUGAAAUGGUAACUCAAGUUUACACACUACAAUUACUUGAGGGAUUGGCAUGUUUGCACCAAUCUGGAGUUGUGCACAGAGAUAUCAAACCGGAGAAUAUCUUAUUGGAUCGUAAUGGCGUUAUCAAAUAUGUAGAUUUUGGUGCCGCAAAACUCAUUGCAAAGAACGGAUCAAAGAGGAUAUCACUGGAUGCCAAUAACAAAUCUACAGGCGGGAAAGAUAUGAUCGGAACACCGAUGUAUAUGGCACCAGAAACGGUGACUGGUCAAGGACACGGAAAAUUCGGAUCCGAUGAUAUAUGGUCUUUAGGUUGUGUUGUACUGGAAAUGGUGACCGGUAGACGUCCAUGGGCUAACUUAGACAAUGAAUGGGCUAUCAUGUAUCAUGUUGCAGCUGGUCACCUUCCGCAAUUCCCAACCAAGUCUGAAAUUUCAUCUGCGGGUAGAAAGUUCAUAAGCAGAUGCUUAAUACAAGAUGCCAAUAAAAGAGCAACUGCAAUGGAAUUGUUACUUGAUCCCUGGAUUUCUCAAAUACGUAACAUUGCAUUUGGUGGCAAUGCAGAAUCUUUUAAUAAUGAAACUCAUAACUAG